UUCUUCUCCGUAACUCUUUGUUUUUUUUCUGGUUAGACAGCAGAUCCCCAGCUGCUGUCAGCGGAGCUGGAAAACAUGGGCGAUGGACGGGAGAGCGAACGGAAGCCUUUGCUUCCUAGCGAUAACUCAUCACCAACCUCGAGGAUUCGAGGCGGGUAUACGGAUGGAAUUCCAGACGGCAGCAAUGUUGUCACUGCAGUUGGACCGGAUGAAAUGCCACCACCCUACCAUACUGCUGUGGGACAGGGAUCUGUACCCAUGGUAACAUGCAGAGUUUGUCAGGCAAUGAUUGAUAUAUCAGGUCGACGAGAUCAACAUGUUGUUAAAUGUACUCAAUGCAAUGAGGCUACGCCUAUAAGGAAUGCUCCACCAGGAAAGAAGUAUGUGCGAUGCCCUUGCAAUUGCCUUCUUAUUUGCAAGGGAUCUUCCCAGAGAAUUGCUUGCCCACGGCCUGAUUGCAAACGAAUCAUUAAUUUGGCUCCAUCUCCGGUCACUCCACCUGCUCCCUCUAUGCCAGGAAUGUGCUCAGUGGUUUGCGCUCAUUGCCAUGGAACGUUCCUUUUUAAUACUCUGAGCAAUGCUUUGGCAAGAUGUCCAUAUUGCAGGAAAGUCUCAUCAGUGGGACCAGAUUUUGCACGAGGCAGAGCUAUUGUUCUGUUCAUACUGGGCCUUGUUUUCUUGGCUAUUGGUAUUGGAGUAACUGUUGGAACCUAUGAAUAUGCACUGAAGCAUGGAGGAAUUUUCGUCACCUAUGUUGGUGCUUUUAUUGCUGCACUCUUCUUCUUUGGAAGAAGCAUUCACUUUUGCACCAUGAAAGUCAGUGUUGUUGAUGGAACCCCAUAGCGAAUGUCUCUUGUGUUUACUGAAGAGAAGUCUGAAAUUGACUUUGUCAUGCAGGUGAUAGUUUUCGCCUUUUGCAUUCCCUUAGUUCUAUCAAAGUAGAUCAACUUGAAAUGCCUAUCUUAAAAAAGUUUACAGCUAUAAUUUUCAUGGGAAGACACAUUUGCAGCAAUAGAGAUUCAUUCUAUUCAGUGCAUAUGAUUUAAUUAACUGUAUUCCAAAUGAACUUACCACAUUCCCAUGGAUUUUGCUUUUGUAAACUGGUGAUCGCACCACUCACAUACCUGUUGUAGAGUACCGAGUCCUGAGCCUGAGUUAUAGCUUCCACUGUCAUGGUAUGGUAUGCUAUUGAUAGAGAUGCUCUUUUCAUUGUAUGUUUAAUGCUAAUCUUGAAUUUGAGCUUCACCUUAUUGCCUUUUAUCAACCUAAUUUUUUUUUUUUUACUUGUGGAGUCCUUAUAGCUGGCAAAUCAAUUGUCUUGUGAUGUCAUUUGUAAUGUAUUUUUUAUUUUGGUUGGCCUUUGAAGGCACACUGAAGUUAAGAUUUUGGUGAUGACGACUGCAUGUUCAAUACAGUAAUGAAGUUUGACUGGUAAUGUGGUAUAGUAUUUUGUAUUAUUUGUGCCUGCACUAAUUUCUGUAGAGCACAAAAAUAAAAUUGGUUUUAAAUCUAAUCUAAAAUUUCUAUCUUAAGAAAGUUUUGGGGUCCUAGUUUUUUAGUUUGUAAUGGGAAAGACCAGUCUUUGUGGAACCUGAAAAAUAAAUUGAUAUGUAAUUGCCGAUCUAUCUUUUUUACUGAUGACUUAUAUUCAUUACUACUAUUCAGGUUCCUCUUUGCUUGUGUUGUACAUGCAAUCUUCUAGUAAUGUUGAGCGUCCUAAGAGUAGAGGAAGUUUCAAUUUACUCAAGCCUACAAAGCAGAUCAAAUAUUAAACUUAGCCAGUAUGCCAGAAAUGAAGUCUGUGUUGAAAUUAACAUGUAGUUAUUGUUUCAAUCUAAGGUUUUCAAACCAUUUUGAUUUUGUGUUUUCUUUCAUCAAUUUUCUUUUCUCAUAGAUUUUAAAAAAAUGUUUAAAUAUUUCUUCCUCUUUUUCCCGUUUUGUGUUUUAGCUAAUUUGAAUAUUUGCCACGAGUUUUAUGAGGAGGUUGUUUCAUUUUCUUGGUUUUAGAUCUAUAUUUACCCAAGCUCUGCAAUUUUCCCCUCCAAUGUAGGAUCCAUCUACCGAAAUGAAAUGCUCUUUGUAUCAUGUCUCAUUGCUUCAUUGUGAUGUCCUGUAGAGUAUAGUUUCAUAUUUUCAUGUGGUAAAAUACUAAUGCCGACCAUUGACGGAAAGACCCAUGUUGGCUAUUUUCUGAAUGAAUGUGAUAUAGAAAUCAAUGUUGUUGUGCAAGGGUUGACUGGUCUUUUUAUUGAACUUAGCUAGUGGAUAACCCUUUGUGUCAUAUAUAUAUUGCCAAUAAAUCUUAUUCUUUAUUAGAUUAUCUCUACAACCCUUGCAUAUUUUAUAUCUUAUUAUUGUAGCAAUUGUUUUUAUCUCCAUUGUCUUGACUACUUUUUAAAAAAGAGAAACAAUUUUGAGACAGACCGUAUAUCAUUAAAAGAAUGUAUUACUGAA